AUGGCACAGAGCAACAACAAAGAGGGCCACGGUGUGGUGGAUGGUCAUUUGGAUCUUCCCGUCAAGAAGGUGAUUAAUUUUUCCCCUCCGCUGUACAGACAGCGCUACAGCUUCGUCAACGACCUAGUGAAUCAGCACAAACCCAAGAAGGUGGCAGACUUGGGGUGCGGCAAUGCUUCCCUCAUACAGAUGAUUAAAUCUCACAGUUGCUUGGAGCUGAUUGUUGGCGUAGAUAUCAAUAAGGAUAAAAUAGGAUCACAGAGGUGUAGGCUGUCUCCGUUCUCGGGGGAGUAUCUAAGCCCCCGGGAUCUGAAUUUGUCAAUCAUCUUGUACCAUGGCUCUGCUGUGGAGAGGGAUUCUCGUUUGCUUGGAUUCGACUUAGUCACAUGUAUCGAGUUAAUAGAACACUUGGAUUCCGAGGACCUGGCCAGGUUUCCCGAAGUCGUGUUUGGGUACCUGUCUCCGGCCAUGGUCGUCAUCAGCACGCCCAACUCGGACUUCAACCCCCUGUUCCCGGCAGUGACCAUGAGAGAUUCCGAUCACAAGUUUGAGUGGAACAGGAAGCAGUUUCAGACCUGGGCCUCAGGGGUGGCGGAUUUCUACCAUUACUCCGUGGAGUUCACCGGCGUGGGGGAGCCGCCGGAAGGCGCUGGGAACGUCGGCUACUGCACCCAGAUAGGGGUCUUCCGGAAAACGGGAGCGCCGGCCACGGAACCGUGCGUGGCAGAGCAGAGUGGUCAGCACGUUUAUAAGAUUGUGUAUUCCGUCUCCUAUCCGAGUCUACAGCAAAAGGAAAUCCGCAAACUCGCAGUAGCCAGCGAGGUGUCUCGCCAGGUCCAGAGCCUGCGGCAGAGGUACGUGUCCAGCCUGCGGAUCCUGCGGCGCGGCGACGAAGACGGCCACCGCGCCAGCGACCCCGGGCUCGUCCCCUUCUCCGGGCCGGUCUUCACAGAACUUGAAAAACGCAAAAUCGAGAAGUCUCCCGAACCGUUCCGCUUUGGGAACAAGCUCUACGUCCCGCUGGAAAGGCUGCUGGCUUACCCCAAGGUGAACCGCCUGUGCGACAGCGUGGACACGAUGAGGGCGCUCAUCGCCGACACGGUGAGGCUGAGCCGGGACGGGUCCGCCGUGAAGGUCGACCUGCGGGAUGCGAGUCCGUGA